AUGGGCGACAGCGGGGCUGAGUCACUGCAUUCCUGCAUCGGGCUCCUGGGCAUUUCCGCAGGCUCUCUCCUGCUGGCCGUGCAUUUCUACAGCUCCGCGCGAGCGGCGCCGCUGAUCCCCAGCACGGCUCUGGGGGUCCUGCUGCUCCUUGUGUCAGCUCUCCUGGCCUAUGCAGGGAUCCGGAGGAGCCUCAGGAACGCCUCGCUGCUGGUGGCGCUGUGCCUGACCCUGUCAGCCCUCUGGAGUGGCUAUGGAGUGAUCCUCAUCCUGGCAGGGCAGGGAGCGCUGCCCGGCCCGGGCGAUGCCCGCGAUGCCCUGGUGCCAGGCCUGGCCACCUUCACCCUGGCCCUGCUGCUGCUGGCCGUAGUGGGCUUCCUCUGCGGGGAGCCUCUGCUGGGCCUGGUGGCCGCUGCCAUGUCCCUGGCCAGCGCCCAUGAGGUGGCCCUGCACUGCAGCUCCUCGCUCGGGCCCUCGGCCGUGGCCUGCGCUCACCUCAGUGUCUGCUUGCUCGGGGGCUACUUUGCCCUGGGGAGGAUCCUGCGCCUCCUGACCAGAGGGAGCUUUGCCCUCCCUGGCACGGAGCUCACCGAGAAGAAGGCCCAGGAGCAGGGCCGGGGCAGCGCGGGCAGCACCAACCCCUUCACAGCCCCCGGGCUGCUGCUGAACAUGCUGUCAGCCAGUGUCUUCUGCUGCAGGCUCCUGGGCGUCACCCACAGGCUCUUCCUGGGCCACGUGCCCUGGCUGUGGGCAGCUGGCACCUACCAGAUUGGCAUCUGUGUGCUGUCCUACCGUGCAAUGGACGCUCUCAUGGCCACGGCCUUUGGCUUCACUUCCAUCCUCAAAUUUGCUGCAGGUUACUGCCUCCUGUACCCCGCCUGGCAGCCACAGGAGCCGUCUCUCCCAACCCCAUUCCUGGUGGUUUUCUCCAUUCUUUUUGCUGUCUUGGCUCUUUUUCUCUCCCUUCAGAGCCCUGUGGAUGGCCUGUACUUGCUGGUUUUUGUCGCCUACUGCAUUGCCUUGGCUUGCAGCCCCAGGGGUUUUUUUGCAGGUGGCCCCCAAGGUGUGGCUGUGGCCAUUUUUGUGUCCUCGGCCUCGGUGGCUCUGAUUCACCUGUACAAUGUGAGGGCCAGGGCCAAGAUCCCAACAGGGAAGGGGGCUGUGAAGGCCCUCCUUGCUCGCAGCAGCCUCCUGAAGCUCCGGGAGGGGCCAGACCUCCACGCUCCCUACCUGGGCUAUUCCAAGUAUGCCGAUGCAGAGGUCCUUGCCUAUGCCUGCAGUGUGCUGGCUUCUUUUGCUCUAACAGCCUCAGGAGACCCCCAGGCUCCUCUUGCCACCGUGGUCAUUCCAUGGGUGGUGGUAGCUGGUGGGAUCCUGAAGCUCCUGGGUGGGUCAGUGGCCUUUGCCCGGGGUAAAACUUUGGAGAGCAGUGCCUUCAUCCUCUACUCUGUCAUGUGGAUCAUCUGGGGCCUGACAAGGUACAGUGGCCUCUGUGGCACUGCCAGAAGCUUCCACACAGCCGUGGGCAUCAUUUCCUUCAUGCUCUUCAACAGCUUCAUUGUCUUCUGCUCGCUCUUCUUAAACAUGGCCUGGUUCUUCUACUCCCUCACGUUCAUGCUCAUCGCCGUCAGCUUCCUGCUGGAUGCCAUCCAUGCUCUUCCCACUGGAUACGACGUCGCUGCCACCCUCAUCUUUGGGCUGGUCAGCUUUUACUGCUUCCUGGCUGCCCUGGCCAGCAGCACCUUUGAGGGCUGCUGCUUGCCCAUGGGGAGGCCCAUGGUGCAGCUCAGUGGUGUCGGGGCAGGAACCACCAAGUGCCUUCACCUCCCUGCCAGGAAAGCUUCCUCAGUCAAGAGAAUCGCAGAUAUCCUGAGGAACGGUGGCACCUGUGGCAUCCCCACGGACACCGUGUACGUGCUGGUGGCCGCCUGCAGCCGGCCUGACGCCGUGGAGAAAGCUCACCGGUCCAAGCGCCAGGCUCAGGAUCGCCCCAUGUCCCUCUGGAUUUCCAGCCUGAAGCAGCUGGAACCUGCCAAGCACUUGUUCACUCCCCUCCUCUGGGACUUCAUGGAGGCUGCCUGGCCAUCUCCCAUUAGCUUGGUCAUUCCCAGAGGUGAAUGGGUGGAUUUCCUGGGAAUGAAGGACUCUGCCAAGUACGUUGGGACCCCUCAGAGUGUGGCCAUCCGCAUUCCCGACUGCUCUGUCACCACACACCUCAUCGACCUGGUUGGCCCCAUUGUGGUCACAUCAGCCAACCCAACAGGAGAGGCUGACACGACCCACCACAACCAAGUGUAUGCCAAGCUGGGAGAUAAGGUGGAUGCAGUUCUUUGUGCUGGGCCUUCUCCAGAGAACAUUGCCUCCACCGUGGUGGACUGCACCAAGAUCGACAGUGGGAGCAUUGGAUUCUUCCGAGUCGGCAUCAUCCCCAAGUCUCAGGUGCUGCAGAUCCUGGAGCAGGUGCAGAAGAAACACCUGGUGGUCCCUAGCAGUGGCCCUUGCCCCAGGAAGGGCUGGGAGGAGCUCCAGAGUCGUGGCCACGCUGUGCCCAACGGGGUGGGCAGAGCUGCCGUGGUGGAGCCGGACCCUGAUCCCGAUCCCGAGCAGCACACCCGCUUCUGACCGCCACAGCUCCGUGCUCAGUGGGACACCAGCUGCUGGAAAAUGCCAUUUUGGCCAAACCGGGCAAUGGGAGAGGCUCCCCAGCUGCAGGGGUGCCUCAUCCAUCUUCCUAUGGACCCUGCUCAAAUAUCCCAGUGUGGUGCUGCCUGGCACAGCCCAGGCACCCAGCAGGAACACCUUCCCUUGGGGACACUGCCAGCUUUCCCUGGAGAUCAGCCACGGCCAAAGCAAGCUUUCCUUUGGUGACAGCUGGCCCAGAGUGACAGAGCUUCAUCCCUGGCACUGGGAGGGAAUUCCAUGGAUUUGGGGCAUGGAGUGAGGCCAAGCAGUGCAGAAUUACCUGGUGGGGGAAAAACACUGCAUGAAACUUGAAUCACACAGAAUCCUUUGGGUGGGAAAAGUCUCCAGUCCUUGAGUCCAGCC